UAAUAAAAAUAUUAUUGAUAAUAAAAAUGUUACUGAUAAUAAAAAUGAUAAUCAAACUGAAGAUAAAGAAGAUAAUACAACAGAAUUUUUGCCUAUCACAUCUUACUUUAAUUUUUGUAAAGAUUUUUUAAAAAAAGUUCAAACCUAA